UCGGUCGGCUUAUUGUGUAGACAACCACGGCUUUUUCUACUGCAUUAAUUCUAUCUCUAAUAAGCCUAUUCAGACUUCAAGAGUGGUGAAACGCGUCGGAGUAGCUAUUUCGACCGACGUCAGCCUAAGGCCUUCUUAAUAGUCACUCUCAUGAUCAUCACUCGUAGUUAAACUAUUGCUCUCUCCUUCUCAUAGCUUUACGCGUCCCUACUCAUACAGCACUUACUCUAGCAUCAUGGGUUCGGCCUCAGUACCGGAGCGGGGAAUCCGCAUAGCGAUCGAUAGGGGUGGAACCUUUACCGAUUGCGUAGGGAACCCCGGAACCGGGAAGAUGGAAGAUGAUAUCGUCAUCAAGCUCCUCUCAGUAGAUCCCUCCAACUACGACGACGCUCCCCUCGAAGGCAUCCGACGCCUCCUCUCCAAGUUCACGGGCAAAGACAUACCCCGUGGCGAGCCAUUGGAUACUUCUAAGAUCGAGAGCAUACGAAUGGGAACAACCGUGGCCACCAAUGCGUUGCUGGAACGGAAGGGCGAGGAUAUUGCGCUGGUAGUCACAAAUGGCUUCAAGGAUUGCUUAGCAAUUGGGAACCAGUCCCGGCCAAAUAUCUUCGCGUUGAAUAUCCAGAAGCCUGAGGUGCUGUAUAAAAAGGUUGUGGAAAUUGACGAGCGAGUCACGUUGGAGGACUACGCGGAAGAUCCGGAAAGAAACGAGACGAGAGCAGAGCCAAUUGAGAAGGCUGGACGGGACGCCGACCUGGUACGAGGAAUGUCCGGCGAAGCUGUGCGGAUACUACAACGGCCACAAGAGGAGACGAUCCGGAAACAAUUGCAAGAGGUCUACGAUUCCGGCUUGAAGAGCAUCGCUGUAUGUUUAAUGCAUGGCUACACGUUCCCGAAUCAUGAAGCUCUCAUAGGAAAGGUUGCCAAGGAGAUUGGUUUCGAGCAUGUUAGCUUAUCACACGAAUUGAUGCCGAUGAUUAAGUUGGUACCUCGGACUACAUCCGCUUGCGCCGAUGCCUACCUUACUCCAGCUAUCAAGAAGUACAUCUCAGGAUUUGAGGCUGGGUUCGAAGGUGGACUAGGUUCUGAGAGCGUGAAGCACGAAAAGGGUUCGAAGGCAGCCAGAUGUGAAUUCAUGCAAUCCGAUGGCGGCUUGGUCGAUGUCAAAAGCUUUUCCGGUCUACGUGCGAUUCUUUCCGGACCUGCUGGCGGAGUCGUUGGAUAUGCACUCACGUCAUACGAUCCAGAAACCAAGAUUCCAGUCAUUGGAUUUGACAUGGGAGGUACGAGCACAGACGUCAGUAGGUACGGCUCCGGAAGGUAUGAUCACGUGUUCGAGACAACCACUGCCGGGGUAACCAUCCAGUCUCCGCAGCUCGAUAUCAAUACCGUGGCUGCGGGAGGAGGGUCGAGACUCUUUUGGAGGAACGGACUAUUCGUCGUGGGUCCCGAAUCAGCUAGUGCCCAUCCUGGACCAGCUUGCUACCGAAAAGGUGGCCCUCUGACAAUUACUGAUGCUAACCUCUUCCUCGGGCGCCUUCUCCCAGAUUUCUUCCCAAAGAUCUUUGGCAAGAACGAGAAUGAAGGACUUGAUGCUGAGGCGAGCGAGAAACUGUUCAAAGAGCUGGCAGCUGAUAUCAAUAAAGAGGUUUCUGGAGGAAACAAGGAUAAAGAGAUGUCCCUCGAUGAAGUAGCCUAUGGAUUUAUCAAAAUUGCGAAUGAGACCAUGACUCGACCUAUUCGAUCAUUGACGGAAGCCAGAGGCCACGAUACCUCAAAGCAUAGACUCGCUACCUUCGGAGGCGCCGGAGGCCAGCACGCAGUUGCAAUUGCCGAAGCUCUCGGCAUAUCUCAGAUCCUGAUCCACAGGUACUCAUCGGUUCUCUCAGCCUACGGAAUGGCCUUGGCAGAUGUCGUGGAUGAACGUCAGGAACCGGAAUCGAAGGUCUGGUCGGAUGAUAAAGACGUUCGUGAAUAUCUCCAGAAGAAGAUGACAGAUCUGAAGGCGAAGUCCACAGCCACGUUGAAUGAUCAAGGAUUUGAGGGCGCCAACAUUCAAUUCGAGGAAUAUCUUAAUGUACGAUAUCGAGGAACUGAGUCGGCAUUGAUGAUAAUCAAGCCAACGAAAGAGGAGGCGGAGAAGGAAUUUGGUGGCGAUGAAUGGGCAUUUGGGAAGGCUUUCGUCAAACAGCAUGAACAAGAAUUUGGCUUCACGCUACCAGAUCGGGAUAUCAUUAUUGAUGAUGUCCGAGCUCGUGGUAUCGGAAUGACCUUUGAGGGUCUGGAGAAAACGGUCGAUCAACAGCUCAAAGAAAUUAAGCUGAAGGACCUGCACAAAGGCGAAAAACAAUACUCUACCAGCCAGGUAUAUUUCGAAGGCGGUCGCCAAGAAACACCUAUAUACAAGCUCGAGGACAUCGCGGUCGGCGACCGGAUCAAAGGUCCUGCAAUAAUUGCCGAUGGCACUCAGACUAUCGUUGUAACCCCCGGCGCAUCCGCACUACUGAUCAAUACACACGUCGUCAUCAACCUCGGCGAAAGUGAUGGACAGGACAAGAAAGUGGACACGAAAGAGGUGGAUCCGAUCAUGCUGAGUAUCUUUGCUCAUCGAUUCAUGGCAAUUGCGGAACAGAUGGGACGCGCAUUACAGAAGACUAGCGUGAGCACGAACGUGAAAGAGCGGCUCGAUUACUCUUGCGCCCUCUUCGACUAUGAAGGCGGUCUUGUUGCCAAUGCUCCGCAUUUACCCGUUCAUCUUGGUAGCAUGUCAACAUGCGUCAAGAAACAAGCCGAGAUCUGGAAAGGGAAACUCAAGCGCGGAGAUGUCAUCGUAUCCAACCAUCCCAUGUUCGGAGGCACCCACCUCCCGGAUAUCACGGUGAUCACCCCAGCCUUCUCCGGCGACAAAAUUAUCUUCUAUGUCGCAUCACGUGCCCAUCACGCGGAUAUCGGUGGUAUCCUACCCGGCUCCAUGCCUCCACACUCGCGCGAACUCUUCCAAGAAGGUGCAGCCAUCAAGUCCGAAAAGCUCGUCUCGGAGGGCCAUUUCAACGAGGAGCGGAUAAUAGAGCUGCUUCACAAGGAACCCGCGCAGUAUCCCGGAUGCAGUGGGACGAGAUGCUUGGCAGACAACAUCAAUGACCUGAAAGCUCAAAUCGCAGCUAAUCAAAAGGGUAUUAACCUCAUCAGUACUUUGAUAGAAGACUACGGAGAAGACGUCGUGCAGUUCUACAUGACAAACAUCCAAGACAACGCCGAACUAAGCGUACGAAACCUGUUGAAGGGAGUCAGCAAGCGCUUCGAAGGCCAGGACCUAUCCGCAAUCGACUUCAUGGACGAUGGAUCCCCCAUAAAGCUCAAGAUCACUAUCGAUGCCGAGAAGGGCGAAGCGGUAUUCGACUUCGAGGGAACUGGGCCUGAAGUAUACGGCAACAUCAACGCCCCAGAAGCCGUAACCUACUCCGCAAUAAUCUACUGCCUCCGCUGCCUCAUCUCAGAAGACAUCCCCCUGAACCAAGGCUGCCUAAAGCCUAUCCACGUCAAGAUCCCCCAGAAAUCCUUCCUCUCGCCCUCCGCCAACGCCGCUGUGGUCGGCGGAAACGUGCUGACCUCCCAACGCGUCACCGACGUCGUCCUGCACGCCUUCCGCGCCUGCGCCGCCUCGCAGGGUGACUGCAACAAUCUGACCUUCGGCUUCGGCGGCUCCUCUACCUCGACCUCGGGCCAGAAAACCGAAACUAAGGGCUUCGGCUACUACGAGACCAUCGCGGGCGGCUCUGGCGCCGGGCCGACGUGGAAUGGCACCUCAGGCGUACACACUCACAUGACGAAUACGCGGAUCACCGACGCCGAGGUAUUCGAACGCCGCUACCCCGUUAUCCUACGCGAGUUCGGGCUGCGGGAGGGCAGUGCGGGCAGGGGGAUGCAUAGGGGCGGAGAGGGGGUGGUGCGGGAUAUCGAGUUUAGGAUUCCGGUGCAGGUGAGCAUUUUGAGCGAGAGGAGGUGUUUUAGGCCGUAUGGGCUGGAGGGCGGGGAGGAUGCGGGGGUGGGGGUUAAUGUCUGGGUGCGGGAGGUGGAGAAGAAGGAGGGAGCGGAGGGGGAGGGGGAGGGGGAGGGGAAGGAGUAUAGGUUUAUUAGCCUGGGCGGGAAGAAUACGGCGAGUAUGAGGCCGGGUGAGCGGAUUAUUGUGAAUACGCCCGGCGGCGGGGGGUGGGGGAGGGAGGGGGAGGGGAGCAAGGUGGUCAGGCAGAGGGAUCCGAUGGAGGGGUGGCGGAAGGGGAGUUUGGCGGAGAGGCAGAGUGUGGCGGAGGCGUCGGCGUAG